UAUGUUGAUAGUUGUUGGGCGGCCGGCUCUCCAACAGCAGAGGGAGGGAAAUAAACAGGAGCGGUGAAGGGAGGGAGGCACGGAGGAGGGAGGGAGAGUGAGAGGAUAAAUCCUUACUACAUAAUGAUUAGAGCUCACAAGCCCUUCCUGUGACAUGGAGUGUAGGAGUCAGGAUUACAGCCGGCCAGUGAAGCCAGAGUGAAAGCUCUGCUGAUGGAGGAAGGAGGGGCACAGGUAGGAAAAGAAAAAAGAAAAAAAAAAAGGUGUAGCUAACUAAAGAGAGCAAGCAGACAAGGUGUGUUACAAAGGAGGCCAGAGGAAGAUCCAAGGUUUCCCAAACUCCAGCAGCUUACUCACAUCUGCAGCCCUGCUCAGGCCAUCUGUCGCCGGCCGCUGACAGCCUCGUGCCGGGCCGCUGGAUCGUUUUUCAGAGCCUUUUAUUUUGAUGGAGUGGUCGAAAAGAGUGCUGCUCGCACAAGAGGAGGGCGAAGGAGGGAGGCUGGAAAUCAGAGACGAGGGUCACCCUGCAGAAUCCGUGAUAGAUGGGACGCGACAUGCGGACAGGUGUCUCGGCCAAAGAUGGAGUACAUCUGUGUCUUCAUGAACUGGGCAGCGAGGAACAAGGACACGACUGAAGAGCUGAGUGCUGAGGAUACGUAUGACAUCGUGUAAGUUUCUGGCAGAGUUUUUUUUUGUCUCAAGUCUCCAGCCAACACAGGAAUUAUCGUUUCCCCAGAGGUGAGCAGCUGGUGAAGACAUUAGAAAGACGGCCGUCUCGCGCAAAAAUAUGCACGCUCUCAAGUUUCUCCUCGCACCGUUGUUGGACAUCUUACCUGAAAGCCCUCUUCUGAAGACGAAGCCGUCUUAACUUCAACACUAACCUGGAACCUUUAGCCAACAGCACAACUGUGGACAAACCACGAUUUGUAAAUUUGCUUUGUUUUCCCUUUUCCUCCAACUCCUCUGGCACCUGCUCACCUCGAUAUCCCUCCAUCACGCCAUCCUCCUCCUCCUCCUCCUCCUCCUCCUCCUCCUCCUGCUCCUCUUCCUCCCUCCCCUCUUUUCACCAGCGAGUGAUAAUGUGACCUUCUGCCAAAGUGCUGGAAACCAUGCCACCGUCGCAGCGGGCUCCUCUGUUGCUGCUACUGAAAUAGACUCAAACAAGUGCAGGGAGAGGAAGAGGAAAGGGGGGAGGGAGAGGACGAAGGAGGGAUAGGAAGAGAAGAAGAGGGCCAAAGGGGAGAGAAAGAAAGAAGACAAAGGAGAGGAGGGGAAGAGAGAGAGAGAGGGAAAAAAAAAGAAAACGGGAACAGGACAGCUGAGGCUGCAGACACGGGAUGAGUGGUGACGAGCCAGGGCUGGAUGUGGAUUGCCAACACAGGCAGUAGGUGACUGAGAUGGGCGUUCGUCUAGGCUGCUUGUGCGACUCCCUGUGGUGGCCGCUGCUGCUGCUGCUGCUGCUACUAUUCUGCACCUUCCCCUCCUGUUUGGGCCGGCCGUUUGGGACUCCCACGCCCUCCGUGAAUGUGGCGGUGGUGUUCAGCGGCUCGGCCUACCAGACGGAGAUUAAAGGACGCUUAAGCCGGGAAAACUUCAUGGACCUGCCUCUGGAGGUGAACCCCAUCACUGUGCUGGUCAACAACACCAACCCGCGGGCGCUGCUCACCCGGAUUUGCGACACCCUCUCAACCAACCGCGUCCAUGGCGUGGUGUUUGAGGACAACAUCGGCUCGGAGGCUGUGGCGCAGAUAUUGGACUUCAUUUCCACUCAGACAGCAGUGCCAAUCGUGGGCAUCAGUGGAGGCUCCGCUGUCGUCCUGCCGUACAAAGGUGAGGGUUCCAACUUCCUCCAGCUGGGAUCCUCCAUCGAGCAGCAGAUCAAUGGCAUGUUCAAGGUGAUGGAGGAGUACAACUGGGACAGCUUUGUGGUCAUAACCAGCCUUUAUCCGGGUUAUGAAACCUAUGUGGAUUACAUCAAGUCCUUCACUGACACCAGCUACUUCAUAUGGGAUCUGCAGGAUGUGCUGACUUUUGACAUGUCCGCCGACAGCAUGAACGACAUACGAGCACGGAGGCUGCUCCAGCAGAUUGACGCUCAGGUGUUGUUGGUCUACUGCUCCCACGAAGAGGCCCAGUACCUGUUUUCCCUGGCAGCUGAGGCCGGACUUGUGGGGCCGGGCUACAUCUGGAUUAUCCCCAGCCUGGCUGUGGGAAACCCAGACAACCCUCCGCCUGACAGCUUCCCCGUGGGGCUCAUCAGCAUCAUCACCGACCGUUGGAAGAUGAGCCUGAGGAAAAGGGUGCGGGACGGCGUGGCCAUUGUUGUGAAAGGCGUGCAGAGUUUUCGGAAACAAAGAGGCUUCAUUCCUGAGGGCCACAGUGACUGUCACAACCCUGCCAAGCCGCCAGCUAAUAAUGACACUCUGUUCAGGCACAUGCUGAAUGUAACAUGGGAACACAAUGACUUCUCCUUCAACAGUAAUGGAUACCUGGUGAAUCCAGCCAUGAUAAUAAUCACUUUGGACCGAGAGAGACAGUGGGACAAGGUGGGGACAUAUGAGGUGGGGAUCCUACAGAUGAGAUACCCCGUAUGGCCGCGGUUUGGCUCCUACCUGGAGCCCGUGUCAGAUUACAGGCACCUGACUGUGGCCACGCUGGAGGAGCGGCCCUUUGUCAUUGUGGAGUCGGUGGACCCCAUCACCGGCACAUGUGUUAGCAACACUGUGCCCUGCCGACGACAGUCUAACAAGACGGAGACUAUUGUGGGUCACACGGAGCCAUACACCAAACUGUGCUGUAAGGGCUUCUGCAUAGACAUCCUGAAGAAACUGUCCCGCAACAUCAAGUUCUCCUACGACCUCUACCUGGUCACCAACGGCAAGCACGGCAAGCUGGUCCGGGGAAUUUGGAACGGGAUGAUCGGAGAGGUGUUCUACAAACGGGCAGACAUGGCCAUCGGCUCACUGACCAUAAACGAGGAGCGCUCGGAGAUUAUUGACUUCUCAGUGCCAUUUGUGGAGACGGGGAUCAGUGUGAUGGUGGCAAGAAGUAACGGGACUGUCUCUCCAUCUGCUUUUUUAGAACCUUACAGUCCUGCGGUGUGGGUGAUGAUGUUCGUCAUGUGUCUGACUGUUGUGGCCAUCACAGUCUUUGUCUUUGAAUAUUGCAGUCCUGUUGGGUACAACCGCAGCCUGGUGACUGCCAAAGAUCCUGGAGGUCCCACCUUCACCAUUGGGAAGUCCGUGUGGCUGCUGUGGGGAAUUGUCUUCAACAACUCUGUCCCUAUUGAAAAUCCAAAGGGCACCACUAGUAAGAUCAUGGUCCUGGUCUGGGCUUUCUUUGCCGUCAUCUUCCUGGCUUCCUACACAGCCAACCUGGCCGCCUUCAUGAUCCAGGAGCAAUACAUCGACACAGUCUCUGGACUAAGUGACAAAAAGUUUCAAAAGCCACAGGAGCAGUACCCUCCGUUCCGCUUUGGUACAGUCCCAAAUGGCAGCACAGAGCGCAACAUAAGGAGUAACUACCCCGAGAUGCACUCCCACAUGGUCAAAUACAACCAGAAGGGAGUAGAGGAUGCCCUAAACAGCCUCAAAACAGGGAAGCUGGAUGCCUUUAUCUAUGAUGCUGCUGUGCUGAAUUACAUGGCUGGCAAAGACGAAGGCUGCAAACUGGUGACUAUUGGCAGUGGGAAGGUGUUCGCUACCACAGGUUACGGCAUCGCCCUGCAGAAGGAAUCACGCUGGAAACGACCCAUUGACCUGGCCCUGCUGCAGUUCCUGGCUGAUGGUGACACACAAAAGCUGCAGACCGUCUGGCUCACCGGCAUCUGCCGUAACGAAAAGAAAGAGGUCAUGAGCAGUAAGCUGGACAUUGACAACAUGGCAGGAGUGUUCUACAUGCUGCUUGUUGCCAUGGGUCUGAGCCUGUUGGUUUUUGCUUGGGAACAUCUGCUCUACUGGAAACUACGACAUUCAGUUCGCAAAUCAGAACGUCUGGAUUUUCUCCUAGCUAUCAGUAGAGGUAUCUACAGCUGCUUCAACGGAGUAGAGCAAUCUGACCGCAAUGGGAGCAUACAGAGUCCAGACAUCACUACCAACUACACACAAGCCAAUAUGCUUAAGAUGCUGAAGACAGCCAAGGACAUGGUGUCCUCUGCCAGAGUGGAGAACUCUCUAGACAACGCUACCAAAACCUUAGAGAACUGGAGCAGGCGGGGAGGUGACAAUGUGCGCACUGGCCUACCACCCAGAGUUACAACUGACAUGACCCAUGGUCGUCUGCCAUAUAUCUCAAGCAUCACAGACAACCACUCACCGUACCCACAGAGGGCCAUUACACCCACCUUUCCAAUUCAUUACGGGGACUCUACCACCCAACCGCUCCUGGAUAAGCCUAGGGUGGUAACUAGGCCCACCCCUCUCCGCUACACACUGCCUUCCCGCAGUAGUCAGCAUGUUUUAGAAAGGACUCUGCCCAUCUCCAGCCUCAGUAGUCCUCACAUUGCUAUAAGAGAUCCUGCUCCACCUGGAAAUUUAAACCCCCACCACGGCAGCAGGCUGUAUGUGGAGAACCCAGCCCGGCACCCUACAUCUUCUUUCAUCCCUUACAGGGAGUUCCAGGUGCCCGAUAUCUACGUGGAGCACAAAGGACCACUGAGAAGGAAGUUUAGCUACCCGCCCGACUGUGUGAGCCGGAGGAGGAGGUCUCAUAGCUAUAUGUUUGAUGCUGCAGACCCCAGGGUGAGAGGGGACUACGAUGAACCUCGGUCCUGCCUUGCAGAGCUGAGGGCUAAUCACCUCCUGAACAACCACGCCCCUGAUCCAGCCGCCAUGACCUGCACUGCAGCACACUACCCCAGCGGUAGCACCAGCUGCAACUCCUGUAUGAAGUCUUACCUGGAGCCUGAAAUGGAUGACGUCCCACUUCUGGGGAAGGACAAGCUGAACCGACGCGCCUCAUUCCUCAAAGCCACAUGGGGCAACGAUAGGAUCCAUCAGGUAGAUGAAACAAAGCCUUCCACAUCCACAACUCCUUCUACCCGUGCAGACAUGCCUGACCUGUUUCCAAGAGUGGUAGUUGCAAACCCAAAGCCCCACAAGCUAUAUGGAAGUCUGGGCCACAACCUGUCCUGCUACCCCUUGGCUGCUGAGCCAGCCUACUUGGACCCAGCCCACAUGGGUUCCUAUCCCUACAAACAAAAGCUCAAGUACUCAGAGUCCACCCGGCUGCCCUCUUACAGGGAAGCUAUUCUGCAGAAUGCCGCUGCCCUGCGCCGCUCCUCUUCCACGGUGGUGCAUAGACACUACUCCACAUAUCUGAACUCGUACACAGACUUACCAGUGUAUGUGGGGCCACUGGCCCAAGGACCGUCCCACUACUACAAUGGUUCAAAGGACAUGUGCCACUUGUUCCCCUGUACAAGCCACUGUCCAGACAAUGCAGGAAUGUUGCCUCAUAUGAGUGACAGGCAGAUGGUUUAUCACAACAACAUGUUUGGGCCGUACGAUGGCACAGGAAAAAGGGAAGACCCAUGCUCUGGGAGCAGAGAGCGGAGGCAGGUGUUGGUGGCACGCAGAGUCAACAGUCCCUAUGUGCCAAAGCCCUGGGGCAGGGUCUCCAGCCUGGAGUCUGAGGUCUGAACCACCACCCCUACUGGUCCUCCACUAGGCUCUUUGAGCCCCUCUGAGAAGAGGGAAUGCCUGGAGGUUCCCCUCAGGCUCUGGUUAAAGCAAAAAUUUAACUCUACACCAAUAGUGUAUUUGAGAGUGCUGACUCUCAAUUAUCAGUGCAAUAAUAUGUUGGGCAGCAAAAUGCAACGGAGAAGACACUCAAAAGGAAACCACAGCUGGGACUUUGUAACCCAAACUUAAAAUGCUAAUAAAAGAAAAGGCGAUGUGGAGUAUUUAAUACAUAAGAAUUUAACCUGUUGAUUGCUAUUUAAAGGAUUUUUAAAUGACGUGUUGCAAUGUGAAAGAAUUCUGGGAGACAAUAUACUGUAGACUCUCAAUCUGAUUACAACUUGAGAUAUCUCUUUUCUCUCAUUUUCCCCCAAAAGCAUUUCAAUACCCUCCAUUUCAACUAAAGAAGAUAAUUUUGUGAUCAAAUCACCAAUAUGUCUUCCGUAAUUUUUUCUAAAUCUACGACCUUGGGUGCACCGGUGUUCUGAGACUUUCUGCCCCGCUGGUCAUUAACAUAAUUUGACUGGGAUUUUAAAAAGGGAAAACCAUAUAAUAUAUCACGUGUAUUUCAAUUGUUACACUACCCUUUAAUAAAGAACAAGGUCAUCUUAAGGGCCUUUUGGAACCAUCUGCUGACGUCAUAAUCCAUCUUUAAUGUCAUACAGUGGUAACUUUUCUAUUAUACACCCAUUUUUUUCGGUCUGUGAACUCACACAGAAUGGAAGAUCAGGAGAAUACAGAAAUGUACGAUGUUGAUAUUAAAUGUAAAUUUUCUGACCUUGGACACUACUACAGAUUAGGGACAAAAAAUGUACUCCUCAUAAGGGUUUCCACCAUGCAAGUAAGAAAAAAUCUGACACUGACACUGCCUGACUUGUGUUGAUGAACAUUGCAGUAUAAAGGUGUGGAAAAAAAGUGGUACUUGAGGCUUAUUGGAACGUUAAACUAGGAUUUCCAUAGGUGGAGCAUUAAGUAUGAGACAGCAGAGGUCACCUAAAGCGAACGCUAAUGUUCAGGAGCAUCAGGACUCUAAUCAUCAGGACUCUUGCAUCAACAUUAAAACUGAAGUGAUAAAGUAUCAGUGGUGCUCUCUGCUCAACAUGUAACACUGGCAUAUUUCCUGGACAGAUAAAGCUAGUGCAACAGUAUUUGUGGACAUGUGUUCUACCCGAGCAGCUACUUGCAGCAGCAGGACUAAUAACUGAGAACAAGUUAAUCCGUCAUGUCAUUCAGGUGUGAGGAUUAUUUUAUAAUGUUAUUUCAGAAGGUUAGCUGUGAAGAGAUUAAUAACAUUAAACAGUACUUUUAAUGGAA